UCCCUAUUGACUCCGCUGAGAAGCAGGGAGCGAAGUCGGAUCGCGCUUUAUCUUUUCUCCUUUACCUUUUUUCCUCUCUUGGAGGACACCUGUCUUGCUUAAACAUGUCCAAGGAUUCGCCUCCCACUACGGAUCCCACGAAGAUGGGCAUCGGGAGGUCCAUUGCUGUGCUGACAUCAGGAGGAGAUGCCCAAGGUAUGAAUGCUGCUGUGCGAGCCACAGUCAGAGUUGGUCUCUACACCGGAGCCAAAGUCUACUUUGUUCAUGAGGGCUACCAAGGCUUGGUUGAUGGAGGGGAUAACAUUCGCCCUGCAACCUGGGAGAGUGUGUCAAUGAUGCUUCAGCUGGGUGGCACUGUCAUUGGCAGCGCUCGCUGCAAGGAUUUCAGAUCCAGGGAGGGUCGUAUGACUGCGGCCUGCAACCUGGUGAAGCUUGGGAUCACCAAUCUGUGCGUGAUCGGAGGCGACGGCAGUCUGACUGGAGCCAAUCAGUUCAGGACUGAGUGGAGUGGCCUGCUGGCUGACCUGGUCAAAGCUGGUAAAAUCACACAGGAGCAAGCCAGCAAAUCAUCCCACCUGAACAUCGUUGGCAUGGUCGGCUCGAUUGACAACGACUUCUGUGGCACUGAUAUGACCAUUGGCACCGACUCGGCCUUGCACCGAAUCAUUGAGGUGGUGGACGCCAUCACUACAACUGCACAGAGCCACCAGAGGACAUUCAUUCUGGAAGUGAUGGGGAGACAUUGUGGGUACCUGGCUCUGGUGACGGCUCUAUCCUGUGGUGCCGACUGGGUCUUCAUUCCAGAGAUGCCACCUGAUGAGGGCUGGGAGGAGCACUUGUGCAGGAGGCUGACAAAUCAAAGGGCCAGAGGUUCUCGUUUGAACGUGAUCAUUGUUGCUGAAGGUGCAAUUUCCAGAGACGGCAAACCAAUUACAUCUGACCUGAUCAAAAAGCUGGUGACUGACAGGCUUGGCUUUGACACCCGCACCACCACUCUUGGACAUGUACAGAGAGGAGGAACACCCUCAGCCUUCGACAGAAUCCUGGGCAGCAGGAUGGGAGUGGAGGCUGUGAUGGCGUUGCUGGAGGCCAAUCCAGACACUCCUGCUUGUGUCGUCAGCCUGUCCGGGAACCAGGCAGUCAGACUGCCCCUCAUGGAGUGUGUGCAAAUAACCAAAGAUGUGACAUCUGCCAUGGAUCAGGGAAGAUUUGACGACGCCAUCAAGCUCAGGGGAAAGAGUUUUGAGAAUAACUGGAACACAUACAAGCUCUUGGCUCACAUCAAUCCUCCGGACACCAAGAGCAACAUCAACGUGGCCAUCUUGAACAUUGGAGCUCCCUGUGCCGGCAUGAACGCUGCCGUCCGUGCCGCUGUGAGGAUGGGCCUCAUCCAGGGUCACACCAUGUUGGCGGUCCACGAUGGCUUUGAUGGUCUGGCUCACGGACAGGUUGAACCCAUCAUUUGGACUUCAGUGAGUGGCUGGACUGGAAAAGGAGGGUCGGUGUUGGGCACUAAAAGAACUCUUCCAGGCAAAUUCUUGGAACAGAUCAGCCAGAACAUCGCCAAGUUCAACAUUCAUGCUCUGGUGAUCAUUGGUGGAUUUGAAGCCUACGUUGGAGGCCUGGAGCUGGUUCAGGCGAGAGAAAAGUAUGAGGAAAUGUGCAUUCCUAUGGUGGUUAUCCCUGCCACUGUCUCCAACAACGUCCCCGGCUCUGACUUCAGCAUCGGUGCCGACACUGCCCUCAACACCAUCACCUCGACUUGUGACAGAAUCAAGCAGUCUGCAGCCGGGACGAAGCGACGCGUGUUCAUUGUAGAGACCAUGGGGGGAUAUUGCGGCUACUUGGCCACCAUGGCAGGCCUGGCUGCCGGGGCUGAUGCUGCCUACAUCUUUGAGGAAAAAUUCAACAUUAGAGAUCUGGGGGUAAAUGUGGGGCAUCUUCUGGAAAAGAUGAAGACAACAGUGAAGAGGGGUUUGAUUCUCCGGAAUGAAAACAGCAAUUCCAACUAUACUACCGACUUCAUCUUUAACCUGUACUCAGAAGAAGGAAAGGGCGUCUUUGACUGCCGGAAGAACAUCCUGGGACACAUGCAGCAGGGCGGCACUCCAACACCCUUCGACAGAAACUUUGGCACUAAGAUGGGUGCCAAGUCUGUUCUGUGGUUGACCGAGAAGCUCAAAGAGUGCUAUAGGCAUGGUCGCAUCUUUGCUAACACACCGGACUCUGCAUGUGUGCUGGGCAUGAGGAAGAGGGCUCUCAACUUCCAGCCUCUUGCUGAUCUUAAAUCAGACACAGAUUUUGAGCACCGCAUCCCAAAGACACAGUGGUGGCUGAAAAUCAGGCCCAUCAUGAAGAUCCUGGCCAAGUACGAUAUCAAACUGGACACAUCUGAACAUACUGACAUGGAGCAUGUGAUCAACAAGAGAGCUACACUUGGGAAGUAAACUGAUACUGCUCCUUCUGAGCACGUGUUUUGAAAAGGGGCGUCUUUCUUGCAUCAGUUUCAAAGUUAAUAUACAUGUCCAACCACCUGUCCAUGUGCCUGGAUAAAAGAGCUGCUGACCUAUUCUUUCCUCUCCCGGAUUCAGUGUUUGAAGCUCUUUAAAGAACUUUAUAUGACUGUGUUGAACCUGAUUAAAGAUAUAUUCUAAAAGAUGCUGAACUGUUCAUAAUUUACAGAGCAAUGUGUCACUUUUCAUAUUCUGGAACCAAUGGAAAUAACUUCUACAUAAUCAGGUUAAAACGCCGGUCCAUGUAGGAUUAGCAGAUGUUUGCAAAGUGGCCCAAACUUUUCUCUUUUCCAUGAAGUCAUCUGCCUCCAGGAUUUCUGGAGUGAUUACAUUUUAAUAUCUUCUUCAGACAUCCUCAAGGCCUUAAAAUAAACCCAGCUUCAACAUUAAAAAUACUUAUAGCAGAAAUGCUGCUUUUUUCCCAUUUUUGAAGGAUUCCCCAACUGUGGCACAUUGACUGAAGAGGCAGUUCUAUUUAUACUUGUGUCACUAAAUCUGAUGCCAGAGUUUCUGAUGCCAGAGUUUCUGUUUUUUCAAAUGUGGUCGAGCUGGAGUUCAUUUUGAGAGGGUGAGUUGCAGCCAGAUGUUCUUAGCCCAAUGAACUGAAUAUCAGCGGGUAGACUUGUGUGAUGACGUUAUACCAACAGGGAAAGUAAUGAACAAUGGUCUUAAAAGUAACUGAUGCCACACAUCAAUCAGGAAAUAGUUGUAAAACCAAGUAAUGGCCAAUUUACCUCAACGUGAAAUUAGAGAGCUAGAUCUCACACCCUG